AUGGGAAAGCAGAUACUGGUGGCGGUCUUCUUGGCAUCGUCCGCUGCAGUGGUUGUUCCACCUCUCGUGGUGGUUUCAGUAGUUGGGAUCUCCGUUUCCAUCCCUUUUGGCCUCUUUUUGGCUAGCCAUGCUUGUACGCACAAGCUGAUGAGUCAAUUGCUCCCGAUGCCUGCUACACCGUCUUAUGUUGAGGGGCGCAAGAAGGAAUGCGUUGUUAAUCAUACAACGAGGGGGAUUGAAAUGGGAGAGAACGAGGAUGGACAAGGGUUUGUCACCAGCUAUGAAGCAUCCCCAGCAGCAGGUGAUCAAAGCAUUGGAGAUGGAAAAAAGGAAGAUCCCCAAUUAAGCGAGCAUAUUAAACAAAUUGAUGACAGGCCAAUUCCAAGUCUAGUGACUGCUGAUGAAAUACAUCCAGAAUCUUCCAACCCCGUGGUGAAUGCCGUUGCGGAUGUGCAGAACCUUAGACAAUGUGGAUGCUCCUCGGCAGGACACAUUACGAAUCAUCCUAGUAAUCAUGAGGUUACGGUGAAUGAGAAGCUAUGGAAAGAGAUUAAUGCCAUCCGCGUGAUAGUAGGAUACGAAGGAACACCAAAAGCGUCAUGCAUCAAUGAAUUAAAGAACUUGUAUAUCCUCGCUGGAGUUGAGCCACCCUCCCUGCUCAACGCUUCCGGCAAUUCCUGUGAAAUCCAUGACCAGCUUCACUUUCUCAUGUCCAUUCUUGGAGUCAAGUCCAAUGGGCCUUGA